AUGUCAUUCCCAAAAGGGAUAAUGAAAAAGGAGAGGGCCAUCUACAACGCGCGGCAGCUCUCCGGUGCGGCCAUCACCCAAACAUUUGACUACAUGAUCCGGGAAGGUGUCGAUGAUGUCACUGAGGAUGGCGAAUUUCAUCUCUCACGCACUGCAAUAUCAUCGGGCUCCUCCACAAGGGAUCAAGCUUGGCGAGAUUGCGCGUUUUCCACGCUCCACACCUGGGUUGUUGACGUCGAGUACGUCCUGCACAAAUACUGGAAGAUGAAAUGCCUCACACGCCACCGGGAUCGACCUACAUCCCUUCCAGUCCGCUUUCUAGCGCCGGCAAAGACCAACCACGACAACCCCGCCGGUUGCGGAAUCGCUGCGCGAGCCCUGAUGACCUUCCCCACGACCCAGCGUCAGACAGCUCUGAUGGAGGGAACAAAGGUUGGAAAUGGGGAGACAAGUGACUUGCGGUGGUCAUGUCUCCGCCGCAACCGCCUCCAGCCAAACGGCAACAGCCGGCGUACCAGUCACAUGAGGAGCGCCGCCGCCCCUCCGCCUCCACGGGGCCCGCGGCAUCAUGUUCAAGAUGACACUAGCUCGAUACGGCUACACCUUUGUUGGAAAAGGAACGAACAAAGGUUUCAUCCCCGAUCUCCAGCAUGGGGCUCAAGUGUACGAGUAUCUCAGGAAGCUCCAGGGAAAUUUGAUCCCGGUCUGCCUUGGGAGUGUAAACCUCAGGGAGCCGUUCAUCACGGUCGGGUCGUCCACUACCUACUUCUCUCCUGGGCGGGAGAUGGCAUAGACCCAGAGCAUUUCGACAUCUACCGGGAUGGAAAGCGAUUACAGAAGGAGUUGGGCCAAUAUGGAGUGAUCCAUGGAGACAUUCAUCUAGCCAAUGUUGUCUACAAUGCAGAGCUGGGCAAACCAAUGCUGAUUGACUUUGAUCAGGCGCGUCUCAAUGCACGGGCACGCAAGAGAAAAUCAAUUGCAGGGUUCUCAAGGACCAAGCCCAAGCGACUCAUGCAGAAUUAA